AUGCCUGUCAUGCGUCAGGAAGCUCAGAACUUUGGUUUGCCAGAGUUCAAGUCAGAUUCCCCGAAGACCCUAUCAACUAUCGUGGAGUGCUUCAAGCCGAAGCGUCUCACAUUAACUGUCCAGGACGAUGCAGGCCCAAGACAGCAACGUAACAGGAAACCUGAAGAUACGUGA